AUGGGAAGCGCUGCGGCACAGAUCCCGACGAGCUUCGGUCAUGAACUGAGGGCUUGCCUUCGUUGUCGUCUCGUCAAAACCUACGAUCAAUUUAGGGAGUCAGGGUGCGAGAAUUGUCCGUUCUUCAAGAUGGACGAGGAUCACGAACGUAUCGUUGAUAUCACUACUCCUAAUUUCAUUGGGUAUGCAUCUUUUUUUAAUUUUUAUCAUAACUCAACUGUUGGUGAUCUUAAUGUUACUUUUCCCCAAAAACUUUUUGCAGGAAGAUUUGUCCCUGGUUGUUACACUCUUGCAGUCUCAGAGGCACUUCCAGAGGACUUACAGAAUUUAUGUGAAGACGAGCGUGUGCAAUAUGUACCACCAAAACGCGUAUGA